AAAUAAUCGAACAAGCUUAUCUCAAACAUCAUAUGUACACUCUCAGAUGUAAACCAAUAUCAGCACCCUUCAUCUGUUCCAUACAAAUCUCCACAACAUUUCGAUAAAACACAACAUAGGUCGGCGGUUACACAAUCUUUCGAACAUCUCUGAUCACAUCGUUUUUGUGUUUGAUUCCUGCAACGAUUGAGGAAAAUACCAGACAUGUCAUCCAAAGUUUAUGAGCGAACUCUUGAGGAAACUCCAACAUGGGCUGUUGCAGUAGUGUGUUUUGUGCUGCUUGCUGUUUCAAUCGCCAUAGAACAUCUUAUUCAUGGUAUUGGAAAGUGGUUCAAGAAGAAACAAAAAAAUGCUCUAUUCGAAGCGUUGGAGAAGGUCAAAGGAGAGCUUAUGGUGCUAGGAUUCAUAUCCUUGCUCUUAAGUGUUCUGCAAGAUCAAAUUUCAAAGAUCUGCGUGUCAAAACAUGUUGCAUCCACGUGGCAUCCUUGUGAGAACCCAAAGUCCUCAACGACAUCUGAGGAUGAAUCUGAGGAUAUUCAGAUAAAUUUUAGGAAACUGCUACAACUUUAUGACUCCAUACCAAGGCGUGUUCUGGCUACAAAAGGUUACGACAAGUGCGCUGAAAAGGAUAAAGUUGCUUUUGUUUCAGCAUACGGGAUUCACCAGCUGCAUAUAUUCAUCUUUGUGUUAGCAAUAUUUCAUAUCCUACAGUGCAUUAUAACACUGGGUUUGGGAAGAACCAAGAUGAGAAAGUGGAGGGCAUGGGAAAAUGAAACCAAGACCAUUGAAUAUCAAUUUUACAACGAUCCUGAGAGGUUCAGAUUUGCAAGGGACACAACAUUUGGAAGAAGACACUUGAAUCCUUGGAGUCAGUCAACAAUUUCCUUAUCCAUUGUUAGCUUCUUCCGACAAUUCUUUGGAUCAGUCAACAAAGUGGACUAUUUAACAUUACGACAUGGAUUCAUCAGCGCGCAUCUGGCACCGGGAAGUGAUGCAAGAUUUGAUUUCCAAAAGUACAUCAAAAGAUCACUUGAAGAGGAUUUUAAAACUGUUGUGGGAAUAAGCCCAGUCAUAUGGUUCUUUGCGGUGCUAUUCCUUCUGACAAAUACUCAUGGAUGGUAUUCUUAUUAUUGGCUUCCAUUCAUCCCAUUUGUUAUAAUCUUAAUAGUGGGUGCUAAACUUCAAAUGAUAAUAACAAAGAUGGGACUGAGGAUUACAGACAGAGGAGAAGUUGUCAAAGGUGCACCUCUGGUUGAACCUGGAGAUGACCUCUUCUGGUUCAACCGUCCACGCCUCCUCCUCUUUUUGAUUCAUCUCGUGCUCUUUCAGAAUGCUUUUCAACUGGCAUUUUUCUCUUGGAGUACUUAUGAAUUCUCCCUACACUCUUGCUUCCACGAAACAACUGCAGAUAUUGUCAUUAGACUUACAAUGGGGGUUAUCAUACAAGUUUUAUGCAGCUAUGUGACACUACCUCUAUAUGCUCUAGUCACACAGAUGGGUUCAACCAUGAAACCUACCAUCUUCAAUCAGAGAGUGGCAUCAGCACUGAAGAACUGGCACAACACUGCCAAAAAGCAAGUAAAAAACAGUAAGCCAACCACACCAUUCUCAAGCAGGCCAUCAACGCCAACCUAUGGUAUGUCUCCCAUGCAUCUGCUGCAAAAACACCUUGCUGGUAGAAGUGAUAGUGCACAAACAUCUCCUAGAACAUCCAACUAUGAAAAUGAACAAUGGGAUAUUGAAGGCUCACCUUCCAAAAGCAACCAUGCAGCUGGUGAAGAAACUCAAAUGCAAGUAAUGGAAUCAGGCUCAAACUCAGUCCCAGAAUUGCCUACAAGCUCUCGGCUUGAAAUCAGAGUUAGUUCAUCAGAGUUUUCCUUUGAGAAGAGACAUCAUGGUGCAGAGACGAGAAGUGAAGAUGAUAGUUUUUAUUAAACACUUUAAAUGUACAGCUUAUGUACAUAUCAAAGUUCAUAUCCAUUCUUUUGCAUCAAUGCAGAGUCAUUUGGAGAAUGAGGCAUAACCUUGUUGAAGGAGCAUUCGAGGAUAUAUACGAUGUUGAAGGCACAAUUUGCUGUUGAAAAAUCAUGAUGUCUACAUAU